AUGUCUUACCUUAACAAUCCUGCUAUUGUGAUGGACAAUGGUACCGGUUUAACCAAACUAGGGUUUGCUGGUAACGAUUCGCCUUCGUGGGUGUUUCCCACUGCAAUUGCGACAGCUCAACCAUCGACAACGAAAAAAUCGAGUUCUGGUUUGGGUGCAACUCAAUCGCAAACUGGUGGGAGUGCAUACUUUGGAAAUUCCACUUCGGCGACCUCCUUUAAUAACCUUACGUCGUCUGCACUCCUUUCGAAUAACCUUGCGGGAAAAAGAGGCACAGAGGACCUCGACUUUUAUAUUGGAAACGAAGCUCUCAUUGCCUCCCAAAGCUCAUCUUAUUCCUUGAGCUAUCCAAUUAGACACGGACAAGUGGAAAACUGGGACCAUAUGGAGAGGUUUUGGGAAAACUCGAUUUUUAAGUAUUUAAGAACCGAACCAGAAGACCACUACUUUCUAUUGACCGAACCUCCGUUGAACCCACCAGAAAACAGAGAGCAAGUAGCGGAAAUUUUCUUUGAGAGUUUCAACUGUGCAGGCCUUUACAUUGCAGUUCAAGCUGUGUUAGCGCUAGCAGCAUCGUGGACAUCUUCCAAAGUUACUGAUAGAUCUCUUACCGGUACUGUCAUCGAUUCUGGUGAUGGUGUAACUCACGUUAUUCCAGUGGCAGAAGGCUAUGUAAUUGGCUCUGCGAUCAAAAACAUUCCAAUUGCUGGUAGAGACAUUACACUUUUCAUUCAGUCGUUGCUAAGGGAACGUGGUGAGGCUGAUACGUCUCUCAGAACUGCAGAACGUAUUAAACAAGAAUACUGUUAUGUGUGUUCAGAUAUCGUCAAAGAAUUCAACAAGUUUGACAGAGAUCCACAAAAAUUCGCCCAAUUCAUAGUUGAGAACAGCGAAAAGACUAAGAAGAAGGUAGUAGACGUCGGUUACGAAAGAUUCUUAGCCCCUGAGAUUUUCUUUAACCCAGAAAUUGCAUCAUCUGACUUUUUGACUCCUCUUCCUACGGUUGUCGAUCAUACUAUUCAGGCUUGUCCUAUUGAUGUUCGUAAGGGUUUGUACAACAACGUGGUUUUGUCGGGAGGUUCCACAAUGUUCAAGGAUUUUGGUCGCCGUUUGCAAAGAGACUUGAAGUCCAUUGUAAACAAUAGAAUUGCGCAGAGCGAAUUGCUGAGUGGCACAAAAUCUACUGGUGUUGAUGUGCAGGUUAUUUCUCAUAGAAGACAAAGAAAUGCCGUGUGGUUUGGUGGUUCAUUGUUAGCACAGACGGCUGAAUUCAAGAGCUAUUGCCACACUAAAAAGGACUACGAUGAAUAUGGGCCUGAAAUUGUGAGAAACUUCAGUUUGUUCAACAUGAUUUAA